AUGUUUUCUGCUCGCAACGCUGUCCGAUCGGCGCCCCGCGUCGUCUCCCGCCUCUCAGGUGCCGCUCUGCGACAGACUGCCCGUCCCAGCACCUUUAUCAAGGCUACUUCUGCCCUACGACCUGCCCAGGCCGCUUUCUCCACCACAAUCUUCCGAAAGGCCGCCGAGAACGAUGGCGAGCUUUUGGCCAAGCUUGAGAGCGAGAUCAAGAUCGAGGAGGACAUGAAGGCCGAUGAGCAGGACCCUGCCAGCAUCAAGGAUUUCCUUAACAACAGUGCUUUCGAGCUUAUUGACACCCCCGGCCAGGAGGUUGUCAAGCUGGUCCGCAACUUUGGCGACGAGAAGAUCACUGUCAGCUUCUCUAUCGCCGAUAUCACUAGCUACGACCCCUACGCCGAGGAGAACGGCCUCGAGGAGGAAGGCUUCGAGGGCGAGGCCCAGGGCGGCCAGCGCAACGCCCGUGCCAACGAGGAGCUCGAGGAGGAGCUCGAUGAGGAAGCUGAGGAGGAGAACGCCGCCCCCAUCAACCUGUCUAUUGUUGUCGAGAAGCCUGGCAAGGCCUCUGGCGCUCUCAACAUUGAUGCCACCGCCCAGGACGGCCACAUUGUAGUCGAGAACCUCUUCUACUACGACGACGCCAAGGUUGCCAAGGUCGAGUCCCCCGAGGCCGCCCAGAAGCGUGCCGACGUCUACCCCGGACCUCCCUUCGGGAGCCUCGAUGACGACCUCCAGGUCCUCAUGGAGCGCUUCCUUGAGGAGCGUGGCAUCACCCAGGCUCUCGCCAUCUUUGUUCCCGACUACGUCGACGUCAAGGAGCAGCGUGAGUACACUCGGUGGUUGAACAACGUCAAGGCUUUCAUCGACGCUUAG